GCUAUGUGGAGGUUUGUGAGAGGAAUUUUUCACCAAUUGUACUGGAGUUCAGUAACGGAUUUGGAAACCGACGUUUAAAUAUUCACAUUGUAUUUCUGUAGUUCAUACAGAUCUAUCGUCAGCCUUGCGCGCUGAAUUGUAUACUUAUAAGAAGAGGUUCGUAAUCAAGAUUGCUGUUGGGACAUAUUGAGAGCAGAUAUUCACCCAUAAUAGUUGCUAAUUGAUUAAAACCUCGCUUUCGUUUUAUACAUAUAGUCACAGUUCAACUCAAGGAUUUAUCAUUUUAUACAUUUUCUAGCACAUGUAGAUGUGUGUUUAUGCAUGUGUAUCUUCAUAUGUGAGCUUAUGUGUCUACUUUGAGACGUUAUUUUGACCUAACACCUGUGUCGUAAGAUGUGAAAUUGAAGAUGAAGGAAACAGUAUGAGGAACAUGAUGGGGAAAUGUACUGUGUGCUCCGUUGUUUCCUUCCUGGUGUCAAGUUCCAUCAUAUGUGGAGGAACGACAGUAUGUAUCUUAAUUGAGUACGUAUCUCAAGGACCGCUCUUCCAGGACCCAGCUAUCAAAGGCCUCAUCAUGGUUUUUUCAGGCGUAUCGUUCAUGUCGACUGGUUUUGCGGGACUCCUUGCUUUGAGGCAUAAUGACUCAACUUGGGUGACAAACCUACAGAUAUCAAUUGAGAGCAUCAUGAUGAUUGCAACCCUUACGGCCUUCCUAGCGCUGAAAGACACCGUCUACCUUCCCGAAUAUGACGAUUGUGUCCCUUCUAACAUCACUUCAGUAUGCACGUGCAGUGAAAGAGAUGUCAUCAAUCUUCCUGAGAGCAUAACGUCGGCAGUGGACUGUAGCACGCUGUACUCAGCACUUGACACUGCGCACGCGCUUAUCUACUUGUAUCUGGCCAUAUGGAUGCUGUGCAUUAUAGAGCUGUUUCGGGCUGUGUUUCGGGCGUGUACACGAUCUUCACGGCGUCAGGAAAACGAGAGCGAAGAUAUGUUAAAUAACUCAACUUUCUACAACAUACCAUACCCGGAGAUUACACACAAAAAGAAGAAAAAGACUGAGAAUAAACAGGAUGUGGACAAAGAAAAAAUAUUCACACUGCUCAAUGCAUAGAGUGCCUUCCUUUACAGUGUUCGUAUCGGUCGUACCAGUCCCGUGAAAUGUGUGUUCACCAGUACCAGUCCCGUGAAAUGUGUGUUCACGAGACAUGAAUGCCUUCCUUUAUAGUCUUCGUAUCGGUCGUACCAGUCCCGUGAAAUGUGUGUUCACCAGCCAUGAGUGCCUUCCUUUAUCGAGUUCGUACCGGUUGUACAGGUCCUGAGAGACAAAAUAUGCCAGCCAAAAGCGCCUUCAUUUAUCAAGUUCGUAGCAGUUGUAUCGGAACACACUCCAUGAAUAAGUCUGUGUUAUUUUUAUACAUGCACGGGCAUUGGUUUCGUGAUGUGAUAUCGAUAGAACCUUGUCAAAUUCGCUACAUUUAUUGACUCAUUCACGGUGCUGAUUCCUCGAGAAAUGUAUGACACGGGUGCAAAUUAUCCAAUGGAUACAGGAAAAUGACUGUACAUGCAAAAAUGGGUUAAAACGUACGAGCAAAGAAAAAAUGGAUGCAUCUUGAAUUCAACACCCACCGAACAAAUUCAAAAGACCCAUUUUGUUAAAGAUAGGUUCCGCGGAGUUUCGGUGCCUUUUAAUAAAAAAUACCCGUUUUCUUGUUGUAAUGUAUUAAACUGUACAUAUACAUGUACGAACAUCGAACUGCAUAAAAAAGCGCAACCUAGCGGAGACAAAUGGUUCUAAGGCAAAUGUCACUUUUUUGAUGCUAACGGUUAAGUCUCAAAUGUGAGAAUCAGACAAUCAGAUACAAGAAUAAAGUUAUUUUAUAUGAUAACGUUUGACGUAGUGGAUGAAAAAUGUAAAUAUUUUGCACUUAAAUUUCAAAAAGAUUAAUUUGAAGAUUUUACUUAAGGUACAGUGUACCACUGUAUGCGAUAUAAUCGCAAAGGAGAGUUUUUUUUAGUUGUUUUUUUAACUUAGAGUAUUAUCCUUUAAAUAUACAAUAUGACGCAAGAAAAGAUUGUUCCCUUGUCAGUAUUUUCAGGAUAAGCAGUCAUAAUUCCAUAAUACAUCGCGAGAUGUGAUUUACAAGUUGAAUAUGAAAACACUUCUAUAGAAAAUGGCGUUGACAAAUAUUUAAUCAAAGUGACGAUGAUAAUUAUAUAUUUUGAUUUGAUGAGUUCCUUUACCCAGUUAAAGAGGCAUUCACAUAAAUUGUUUUGAGUCACGUACAGUGGCAAUAGCCUGUUGGUCAUGUCUACUGAUGAUGUCAUUUUCGUCAAAGCAAUUAAGUUUGAAGAUUAAUGGACAUCAAAGUGUUACUUUCUACAAUAGCGUAGAUUUCUCUGAGAUUUGACUUUAUAACGAAACACAAGUGAAGUUAUUGAGUCUGUUAACAUAUAUGUAUCGGGUGUAGUGUAUUCAAGAUAUUCUUCGAUGGUACGGGUUACUAUAAAGAAAACAAACGUCAUUUUAUAGUUGUUUUCAUCACUUCAACCUGUGAAAUUAACAUGUCUAUUGGAUCUUAAAUUAUUUCCAUUUGUGAAAUCGUCAUUUUAGUGAGGUUCUUUGUACAUAUUAAUUUUAAGUUAAGAUUUUUUAAAACAAUGACAUGUGAUUAUGAGUAAUAUCAAGCAAAAUUUGGUAAAUAAAUGAAGAA